UUCGGCAGCCUUCUGUGUGGACUCGUUCUUAGCGCCUAUUCACCUUAGGGACCAUGGCGGACGUCGACAAGUUAAACAUCGACAGCAUCAUCCAGCGGCUGUUAGAAGUAAGGGGUUCAAAACCUGGGAAAAAUGUUCAACUUCAGGAGAAUGAAAUUAGAGGCCUAUGUCUAAAGUCUCGAGAAAUCUUCCUCAGUCAGCCAAUUUUACUUGAACUUGAAGCUCCCCUUAAAAUAUGUGGUGAUAUUCAUGGACAGUACUACGAUCUACUAAGGCUCUUUGAGUAUGGUGGCUUUCCACCUGAAAGUAACUACCUGUUUCUUGGUGACUAUGUGGACAGAGGGAAGCAGUCUUUAGAAACAAUCUGUCUCCUCUUGGCUUACAAAAUUAAAUACCCCGAGAACUUCUUCCUUCUCAGAGGAAAUCAUGAGUGUGCCAGCAUUAACAGAAUCUAUGGGUUCUAUGAUGAAUGUAAAAGAAGAUACAAUAUUAAGUUAUGGAAAACAUUCACAGACUGCUUCAAUUGCUUGCCAAUAGCUGCUAUAGUGGAUGAGAAGAUCUUCUGCUGUCAUGGAGGUUUAUCUCCAGAUCUUCAGUCAAUGGAACAGAUCAGGCGAAUUAUGCGCCCAACUGAUGUUCCUGACCAGGGACUCUUGUGUGACUUGCUGUGGUCUGAUCCAGACAAAGAUGUAUUGGGAUGGGGUGAAAAUGACAGAGGGGUAUCUUUCACUUUUGGAGCUGAAGUUGUAGCUAAAUUUCUACAUAAACAUGACUUGGAUUUGAUUUGCCGCGCUCAUCAGGUGGUUGAAGAUGGUUAUGAAUUUUUUGCUAAGAGGCAGUUGGUCACUUUGUUCUCUGCUCCAAAUUACUGCGGGGAGUUUGACAAUGCCGGUGCAAUGAUGAGCGUAGACGAAACAUUAAUGUGUUCCUUCCAGAUACUUAAACCAGCAGAAAAAAAGAAGCCCAAUGCAAGCAGACCUGUAACACCUCCAAGAGGCAUGAUCACAAAGCAAGCAAAGAAAUGAGUCUUUAGUGGUCUCCUUGGACUUGUAUUAUAGUAUAUAAUCUCACUUUUUUUUUAAUUGUGUAAUGUGUUAUGAACAGUCAGUUCCAUCCAGCUAGAUGUCUGUGGCAUAUUUUUGUUACUGCAAUCACUUUAAGGUCAGCCCUUUUACAUCUUGGCGUCUAAAAUACCUUCAUUCCAGUGUUGCUGAUCACUCCAGACUUAAUCAUCUUGUCAUGUAACUUUGUACAAUCCACACCUAUUGUAAAAUGCUUGUUUGCUACAUUGACACCUAUAGAGUGCGCUAUUGUCACUUCUAUAACUUCCAUACUGUUUAUACAAACCACUGUGAACAUUUUUCCUGUUUAAAACAAAAGUCAUGUCCGCACUUGUAUAGCUGUCAAAAUACAGAAAUGACUCCCGUAAAGACAGUCCUCCACUUUCCAACAAAGGAUUUGUCUCAAAUCUGUCACCAGUUCACUGAAAUAUAUUCAGGAUAGAUUGUAUGAACUCUGAACACCUUCAGACUUCACCCAUAUCCUGAAAAUCCAUGAAUUGAGCCAAUAUCAUAACUCUAGACCUAGCUUUUACUAUCACUCUCCUUUUGCCGGCAUCACUGGUUUUGAUGUAUGUAUAUUUAAAGCACAUUUUCCGUACUGUAUACUUUUAAAUGAAAUUAAAGCCAUUAUUUUAA